UCUCUCAAAAAUUGGCAACGCUGACAAUAACUAAAAAGCUGGCAACGCUGUCAGUAACUAAAAAGUUGGCAACGCUGAUAUACAUUGUUCAAUAUAAUGGCCGCCAAACGCAUCGCGCAGUCUUCAAUUAACUGGACCGCUCUGGCCGAGCGUGUGCCCGCCAAUCAGAAGAGCAGCUUUGGCGCCUUCAAGACCAAGGCGGACAUUUAUGUGCGCGCCGUGAUGGCCAAUCCAGAGAGUCCACCAAAAAUCAACUGGGCGCACUACAAGAACUUGGUGCCCGUUGCUGGACUGGUCGAUAGCUUCCAGAAGCAAUACGACGCCCUGUCGGUGCCCUAUCCCAAGGAUACUUACUCGUCUCAGGUGGACACUGAAAUUGAGCAGUCCAAGAGCGACAUUUCCUCAUACAAGAAGGCAUCGGAGGAGCGCAUUAAGAAUUACGAGAGGGAAAUUGGACAUUUGAAAUCAUUGAUGCCAUAUGAGCAAAUGACCAUGGAGGAUUAUCGUGAUGCAUUCCCCGACGCAGCUUUGGAUCCCAUCAACAAGCCCACUUUCUGGCCCCACACUCCCGAGGAACAGGUUGGAUACAAGUCCAAGGAGCAGAUCGAGGCUGAGAAGCAGGGACACCAUUAAUAUAAUUAAUAUUGAAAAUGUUCUUUAUUGAAAUGUCCACUUUAUCGUUGGAGUUGAAUUAAAGUCAUAUUGAAAACGAAUGGAAGUUAAAG